AUGGCUACUCACAUGUCGCACGAUGAGAAGCCCUCGGUUGAGAACCAGGAAACCAUUGACAACUCCGAUGCUAACCCCAACGUUCAACGAGUCCAGGUUCUGUCUGUCGGACUGAACGAUGCUCUAUCUAAGGAUGUUACAUCGCCUUGGUCAUGGGCCAUGCUCCGCAUCUGUGGAGUCAUUGCUAUCACAACUCUGAAUUGUUGUAUGAACGGCUACGACGGCACCCUCACGUCGUCUAUCAACGCCAUGGAUACAUUCCAUGACCAUUUCGGAACGCGGAUGCAGGGCAGUGGUACAGGUCUUUUGUUCUCUAUCUAUGCUAUUGGCAACCUCGUGGGCGCCGUGUUUGCCGCCCCUGCUUCAGAUACCUUUGGUCGACGCUUCGGCAUGUCUAUCGGGUCCCUGGUGAUUAUCGUCGGGACAAUCAUUGAAGCAACGGCACCAAAAGUCGCCCAGUUCAUUGGUGGCCGUUUCCUGAUUGGAGUGGGAAUCAGUUUGACUAAUACAGCAGCUCCUAUAUACUUGGUGGAGGUGGUCCUACCGCAAUGGAGAGGACUAUUUGGCGGCCUGUACAAUGUGGUUGGUUACUACACAGGGGCAUUAGCUUGUACAUGGAUCUCCUACGGGACGGGCUUCCUCGGCACAGACUGGUCCUGGAGGAUCCCCGUAAUAAUCCAAGCCGUUCCAUCUCUCAUCGUCCUCAUUGUCGCCUGGAUGCUACCCGAGAGUCCUCGAUGGCUCUUCGCCAACAAUAAGCCUGAGAAGGGUCGGCAGAUGCUGGUGAAAUACCACGGAAAUGGGAACCCCGACUCCGCUCUGGUGAACUACGAAUGCAACGAAAUAGAACAAGACAUUCGUUUUGAAAUUGAGACCGGCGGCCGGCGCUGGUGGGACUACAAGAUUCUGUUUACAUCGAGGGACAUGCUUUAUCGCCUUUGGUUGUUGUUCCUGGUCUGUAUUUUCUCGCAAUUCAUCGGCGGAUCUGUCAUUACAUACUUUAUGCCGGUCAUGCUCGAGAAUGCCGGCAUCACGGGGUCCCACCAACAGCUCCUCCUCAAUGCCCUCAACACCGUCUUUUCAUUCAUCAGCGGCAUCAUCGGCAGUUUCUUCGUCGACCGCUGGGGCCGCCGCACUCUAUUCCUCUACGGCACCUUCCUCACCGGCCUCAUCUACAUUCCCAUCAACGUGAUCGCUUCCUUCGAGCCCGCACAUAUUACCACGAGCAUGGGCUACGGCUUCAUCGCAUGUAUAUUCCUCUACGGCAUCGUCUUCUCUUUCUCCUGGACCACGCUCCAGUCUCUCUAUCCGGCUGAGAUCCUACCAAACCGCGUCCGUGCCAAGGGCAUGGCUAUCCAGAACGUGGCGGCUGGUGGAGCUAAUUUUAUCAAUAUGUAUGCGACCCCGACGGGGAUGGAUAAUAUCGGUUGGAGGAUGUAUACGAUCUUUUUGGUCCUGCAUUUCAUUGAGUACGCUUUCAUGUUCCUUACUCUUCCGGAAACGAAGGGUCGGACUAUCGAAGAGUUAGAGGAUGUGUUUAAGGAUCCGAAUCCAGUAAGAGCGUCUCUGAAGAGGAAGGAGGUCGUGAUGCGGGAGGGCGAUGGUGUUAAACAGGUGGAUGAUUGA